AUGGCGCCCAACAAGGACACCAUGUUCCGCUCCGCGGACAUGUCCUUGACCCAGCUGUACAUUGCCAACGAGAUUGGCCGCGAGGUCGUCUCAGGCCUCGGAGAGCUUGGUGUCAUGGACUUUAGAGAUCUCAACGCCGAUACGACCGCCUUCCAACGUACUUUCACCCAGGAGAUUCGCCGCCUCGAUAACGUGGAACGCCAGCUCCGCUACUUUCGCGCCCAGAUGGAGAAGUCGGAUAUCUCGAUGCGCUCCAUCUAUGACUUCAACAACCCCUUCACUGCGCCUUCCGCCUCCGAGAUCGACGAGCUCGCGGACAAGAGCCAGAGCUUGGAGCAGAGAAUCUCUUCGUUGAACGAGAGCUACGAGACACUGAAGAAGCGCGAGGUGGAGCUCACAGAGUGGCGAUGGGUGUUGAGAGAGGCUGGCGGCUUCUUCGACCGGGCCCGUGGCCAGACUGAGCAGAUUAGGGACUCUGUUGAUGAUGACGACGCGCCGCUGCUCCAGGAUGUUGAGCAGAACGGACAGGGUGACACGGGUGCCGAGCGCUCUUUCACCGUCAUGAACAUCGGUUUCGUCGCUGGUGUCAUUCCCCGCGAACGCAUUGCCGCGUUCGAGCGCAUCCUGUGGCGUACUCUCCGCGGUAACUUGUACAUGAACCAGUCGGAGAUCCCCGAGGCCAUCAUCAACCCGGAGAACAACGAGGAAACCAACAAGAACGUCUUCAUCAUCUUCGCGCACGGCAAGGAGAUCAUCGCAAAGAUCCGCAAGAUCUCAGAGUCGCUCGGCGCCGACCUCUACAGCGUGGACGAGAACAGCGAACUCCGCCGCGACCAGAUUCGCGAAGUCAACACCCGCCUGAGUGACCUGGCUAGCGUCCUGAAGAAUACCAAGUCCACCCUCGAUGCCGAGUUGACCGCGAUAGGACGCAACCUCGCAGCUUGGAUGGUCGUCAUCAAGAAAGAGAAGGCUACCUAUGAGACGCUGAACAAAUUUUCCUACGACCACCAGCGCAAGACGCUCAUUGCUGAGGCAUGGGCCCCCACCAACUCCCUCGGUCUGAUCAAGUCGACCCUGUCAGAUGUCAACGAGCGUGCUGGCCUGUCAGUACCCACCAUUGUCAACCAGAUCAAGACCACCAAGACGCCACCGACAUACUUCAAGUCGAACAGGUUCACGGUGGGUUUCCAGACCAUCAUCGAUGCCUACGGAACGAUCAAGUACCGCGAGGUCAACCCUGCGCUGCCAGCCAUUGUUACGUUCCCCUUUAUGUUCGCUGUCAUGUUCGGUGAUGCCGGACACGGUGUCAUUAUGCUUCUCGCAGCUUGCGCCAUGAUUUACUUCGAGAAGCGGCUUGAGCGCAGCAAGCUCGAUGAGUUGUUCUCCAUGAUGUUCUACGGUCGUUACAUUGUCUUCAUGAUGGGUCUCUUCUCCAUCUACACCGGUCUUCUCUACUGCGACGCUUUCUCUCUCGGACUGCCCUGGUUCAAGUCUAUGUGGGUGUGGGACAACGACGGCAAGGGCCCAACCUCGAGCCGUGUGGAAGGUUACACCUACCCCUUCGGUCUGGACUACCGCUGGCACGACACCGAGAAUGAUCUGCUGUUCUCCAACAGUUACAAGAUGAAGCUCAGUAUCUUGCUCGGUUGGACCCACAUGACCUUCUCCCUGAUGUGGUCGCUCGUCAACGCUCGCUACUUCAAGACCAAGAUUGACAUCUGGGGUAACUUCGUCCCCGGUAUGAUCUUCUUCCAGUCCAUCUUCGGUUACCUCGCCUUUACCAUUGUGUACAAAUGGUGCAUUGACUGGCCUGCGCGUGGCGAGAGCCCGCCCAGUCUGCUCAACAUGUUGAUCUACAUGUUCUUGAGCCCCGGUAAUCUCGAGGCUGGCACCCAGCCGCUCUACCCUCAUCAAGCAGGCAUUCAAGUGGUUCUCCUCUUGUUGGCGCUUGCUUGCGUUCCCGUCCUGCUCUUCCUCAAGCCGUUCUACCUUCGAUACGAGCACAACAAGGCUCGCGCCAUGGGCUACCGCGGCAUCGGCGAGAACUCGCGAGUCAGCGCGCUGGACGACGACGAUGAGAACGGUCAUGCCAACGGACGUGAUAGCUACGGAGACGACGAUGACGGCAUUGCUAUGAUCACCCAGGACAUUGGCCACGGCGAAGACCAUGAGGAGUUUGAAUUCAGUGAAGUCAUGAUCCACCAAGUCAUUCACACCAUCGAAUUCUGCCUCAACUGCGUCUCCCACACAGCCUCGUACCUCCGUCUCUGGGCCCUCUCGCUCGCCCAUCAACGUCUCUCCAUCGUCCUCUGGGAAAUGACCAUGAAGAACGCAUUCGCCUUCACCGGUGUCGGCGGCGCCUUCAUCAUGGUCUUUGUCUUUUACUUCUGGUUCGCACUCACGGUUGCUGUGCUGUGUGUCAUGGAGGGUACCAGUGCCAUGUUGCAUUCGCUGCGUCUGCACUGGGUCGAGGCUAUGAGCAAGCAUUUCAUCGGUGAUGGUGUGGCGUUUGAACCGUUUAGCUUUAAGCAGUUGCUUGAGGAUGAGCCUGUAGAGUAG